AUGAAGUUCCUCCCCCUCGCAGUCGCCCUCUUCGCAACCCUCACCGUCGCCGCCCCCUCCUCACCAAGCGACAUCCAAGCCCGCGCCUGCGUCUGCAAGAAAGUCGGCGACGAGUGGAUUUGCACGGGCACAAAGUGCUACGACAAAGUAAAGCGCGAUCUCGUCCCCCGCCAGUGCUCAUGCCACAAGAUCGGCGACGAGUGGAUCUGCACCGGUCCCAAGUGUCCCCGCGAUCUUCCUGAGGAGAACAAGCUUGAGAAGAGACAGUGUUCGUGCCACAAGGUUGGAGAUGAGUGGUUGUGCGGUGGUCCCAAGUGUCCGAGAAGUCUGCCGGCUGAGGAGAGUGGGUUGGAGAAGAGGCAGUGUUCUUGUAAGAAGGUUGCUGGGGAGUGGAUUUGUAGUGGACGGAAGUGCCCUCGGGAUUUGUCGCACCUUAUGGGUGAGGAAUAA